UUGAAUUGACCGGCGAAGAACACCUCACCGUUAAGGGGAAAAAACCUAAAAACAAGGAAAACAUAACCGCUAUAUCACUCGACUACUGGCUAUUCCAAAAAACUGUUUGCAAAUGUGCCAGGAACAGUGUUUUUUUAAAAUUAUUUCUUCAAAAAACAGUAUAAAAAACAUUAACUACCAUAGUUGCCGAACACCAUCUCACAGCGUCGUGCCACAGUCCGCAUCACAACGCCGGAUCGUGAAUUCGUGACCGCCUCACGGUCCGUUCUUGGCGUCCCCUAUCUCCUUUUCCGGUGUCUUAAAAUCUUAAAAUCCCAACAGCAUCCUCACCUCGAUUCUUCUCCCUAUAUUCUCUCUUCUCUCCUUUCAGUUAUAACUUACAAGCAACCAACAGCAGCACCAGUAUCACUCUAAAAAAUAAAAAUAAAAAUGGACGACGUUUUUUUCUCCCUUCACUCUGCAUCUCCUCGAACCAACAGCGAUGAUGCUUCUUCGUCCUCACCUCCGCUCCGAACACCAAAGAUCUUCGACCGUUACUUUUCUUCCUCCUCCUCACCAUCCUCCUCCUCCGACGAUGAUCUACAGCCCUCCAAUCCCAAUCCCUCCCUGGAAGCCUCCACUAAACGCCUGGAUUACAUGAUCCAGUUCCUCGACCGAAAACUCUCCAAUAACAACUGUAAUAAUAGCUCUAACAACAACGAAAGUGUUUCCCACAGACACAAAACUCCGGCUCUACCAGAAUUCAUUGGCAAAGGAGGGGGAACCGGGAUUUUCCGUAUCCCAGUUCGAGCCGCGGUUCACCCAGACCGUCCACCCAGUCUUGAAAUUCGGUCACAUCCGCUGAGAGAAUCUCAAACCGGUCGGUUUUUGAGAACGAUUGUAACUACCGAGACGCAAGUAUGGGGUGGGAGAGAAAACGGCGCCGUUCAGGUCUGGGAAUUGAAGGAAAUGUACGGCGGGAGUGAUGAAACGGCGCCGUUCAAGGAGUCUGUGGCGUUGAAUUCGGGUUCGGGCGUUACGUGUUUGGUUGGUGAUGAAGGGAGUCGAGUUGUUUGGAGUGGACAUAGAGAUGGUAGAAUUCGGUGUUGGAAAAUGGAUACGGGUCCAGGGUUGGACCGAAGUCGUGUCAAGGAGGUCUUGUCUUGGAUGGCACAUCGCGGGCCAGUCAUGACCAUGAUCUUGACUUGUUAUGGGGAUUUGUGGUCGGGAUCAGAAGGGGGGGUUAUUAAGAUAUGGCCCUGGGAAGAUCUGGAAAAGGCCUUUUCAUUUACCGCAGAAGAGAGGCAUAUGGCUGCACUGUCAGUGGAGAGGUCAUAUAUUGAUAUAAGGAACCAAGUGACCAUGAAUGGAUUCAGCAAUGUAUUGAAUUCCGACGUUAGAUACUUGCUUUCUGAUAAUUCCAGGGCUAAAGUCUGGAGUGCUGGGUUCCUGUCGUUCGCAUUGUGGGAUGCACACACUAGGGAGUUGCUGAAAAUGUUCAAUAUAGAUGGUCAGAUUGAAAGACUGGACAUGUUGUCAGGACAGGACUUAACCUUUGAAGAUGAUAUCAAGAUGAAAAUUGUUGCUGGUUCAAAGAAAGAGAAAAUGCAAACUUCAUUCGGUUUCUUUCAGCGUUCACGUAAUGCUAUAAUGGGAGCAGCUGAUGCUGUUCGUCGAGUUGCUGUAAAAGGUGGAUUUGGAGAUGAUAAUAGGAGAACAGAAGCGGUAAUUAUAACAACAGAUGGAAUGAUUUGGACUGGGUGUGCAAAUGGCUCGCUUGUGCAAUGGGAUGGAAAUGGCAAUCGUUUGCAAGAUUUCCAGUAUCAUCCUGUUGCUGUUCAGUGCUUGUGUACAUUUGGUUUGCAAAUAUGGGUUGGUUAUGCAAGUGGCACUGUUCAGGUGUUAGACCUUGAGGGUAAUCUGGUUGGAGGAUGGGUGGCUCACAGCAGUCAAGUAAUAAAAAUGGCUGUUGGGGGUGGCUAUGUUUUCACCCUGGCUAAUCAUGGCGGUAUACGUGGAUGGAAUGUCAUGUCUCCAGGACCCCUUGAUGGCAUACUGCGUUCAGAGUUAGCUGGAAAAGAAUUUUUGUAUACAAGGAUAGAGAAUUUAAAAAUAUUGGCUGGUACAUGGAAUGUAGCACAAGGAAGAGCUUCGCAAGACUCACUUGUGUCCUGGUUAGGUUCUGCUGCUGGGGACAUUGGCAUUGUUGUUGUUGGGUUGCAAGAAGUUGAGAUGGGUGCUGGUGUUCUUGCAAUGUCUGCAGCUAAGGAAACUGUUGGACUGGAGGGCAGUUCUGCUGGGCAGUGGUGGCUGGAUAUGAUUGGCAAAACAUUGGAUGAAGGGUCAACAUUUGAACGUGUUGGUUCUCGGCAGCUAGCAGGCUUGCUGAUUGCUAUGUGGGUUAGAAAUAAUCUUAAAGCUCAUGUCGGGGAUGUUGAUGCUGCUGCAGUUCCAUGUGGCUUUGGGCGUGCAAUUGGUAAUAAGGGUGCUGUUGGUUUGAGGAUUAGGGUAUAUGAUCGGGUAAUGUGCUUCAUUAAUUGUCACUUUGCAGCACAUUUAGAAGCGGUCAAUCGUCGCAAUGCUGAUUUUGACCAUGUAUAUCGGACAAUGACCUUUGGCCGACCAUCUAACUUCUUCAAUGCUGCAGCCGGUAUGGUGUCAUACCUUUUCUUGUCUUGCUCGAUUGUCUGCCAUUUAUUUUGGCUUGUUUAUAGAACUGGCUUGCCAUUGCUCCUUUCUUUUGCAGCUGGCACUUUAUCUGCAGUCCAAAAUCCCUUGCGUCCAGAAGGAAUACCCGAGUUAUCAGAGGCAGACAUGGUCAUAUUUCUUGGCGAUUUUAAUUAUCGGCUUGAUGGUAUAUCUUAUGACGAAGCAAGGGAUUUUGUGUCUCAGAGAAGCUUUGAUUGGCUUAGAGAAAAGGACCAACUCCGAACAGAAAUGGGAGUUGGAAAAGUGUUCCAAGGAAUGCGCGAAGCAGUUAUUAGAUUUCCUCCCACAUACAAGUUUGAAAAGCACCAACCUGGUUUAGCAGGGUAUGAUUCAGGUGAAAAGAAGCGCAUCCCUGCCUGGUGUGACAGGGUACUAUAUCGUGAUAGCCGGUCAGCCCAUGUAUCUGAAUGCUGCUUAGACUGUCCUGUUGUUUCUUUGAUAUCCCAGUACGAUGCUUGCAUGGAUGUAACCGACAGCGAUCACAAGCCUGUUCGUUGCAUAUUCAGUGUUGAUAUUGCACGAGUUGAUGAGUCAGUGAGGAGACAAGAGUUUGGAGACAUUAUGAAAUCAAAUGAGGAAAUUAGAUACAUAAUUGAUGAACUAAGCAAGAUUCCAGAAACUAUUGUCAGCACAAACAACAUAAUCCUUCCAAACCAGGAUACAACAAUUUUGCGUAUCACAAAUAAAUGUGGGGAAAAUGAUGCUUUGUUCGAAAUUAUUUGUGAAGGCCAGUCUAUAAUUGAUGAGAAUGGACAAGCAUCAGAUCAUCAUCCAAGAGGUUCCUAUGGCUUUCCGCAAUGGCUUGAGGUCACUCCAGCAGCUGGUAUAAUUAAACCAGGCCAUAUUGCCGAGGUGUCAAUUCAUCUUGAAGAUUUCCCCACUUUGGAAGUUUUUCUUGAUGGUGUCCCUCAAAAUUCAUGGUGUGAAGACACCAGAGACAAGGAAGCUAUAUUGGUGGUGAAAGUUCGUGGAACUUGCAACACAAAUGAGACAAGAAACCACCGGAUACGUGUGCGCCACUGCUGUUCAUCGCAAACAGCACAACUUGACCCAAGACCGAAUGGCUCGGAGCAAAUCCAAGGAAAUCUUCUUCACCGGGCUGAUUACCAACAUCUUAGCAGUUCCUAUGAUGUGGUCAGCCACCUGCGUAACUUGCGUAGUCCAUAAAUGGAAAUCAUUUGCAGUUGUUGAAUGGCAAAGCACUGACGAGUUGUUCUCCCUUCUCCAUUUUUUACAAUCAUCUUCGUGUAAAUAACAGAAGCCUUCUUGCUUUCAUUGCUUUUACAAGUUGAGCGCUUGUAAAUAGUUUUUUCUUUCAGUUUGAUCCAAUGCUAAUUUUUUGUAUGUCUUCAGUUUUUUAGGCGAGUCUGAAUAUUUGCAUUUUUCUUCUUCUUAAUUUAGUUCUCAAUUGAAAAGGAUCAAUAUGAGGCAUCGUUCUUGAAUAAAUGAUGCAUGGAUCAAUUUCAA